UGACAGGUGUCAAUUUGUUAGCGAAAAUUAAAAAAUUUCAAAUUCAAUAAUUUAGUGGAUGUCCGUCGAUUGCGGAUUCUUAAAGUUGUUUAGAGAAUGUCUGAAAAUUAUGAUCUAUUUACGACUCGUAUGAGAAAAGCAACGAGAAAAAUACAUUCAGUGAGUGAUGCGUUAGUCAAUGCAAAAUUUGCUUUGUCUUUAAGAGAUGAACCAGUAUGGGGCGGUGGCUUGUUUGUAUUCUACCACAUUUUUGCAUUCCUUGAAGAUGCCAAAGAUAGACUUAACAUGCCUGAUUUUAACAAGCUAUUUGUUAAUAAGAUUUUGUACAGGAAGAAAGCUUUUGAAGAGGAUCUAGCACAUUAUUUAGGUGAAGACUGGCAAUCAACACCAAAGUCAGCAGCUCUAGAGAAUUAUAUUGAGCAUUUGCAGGACCUUGAGACUGAACAUCCAACAAUGCUAUUGGCAUAUGUGUACCAUUUGUACUUAGGUUUGCUGAGCGGAGGACAGAUACUGGCUAAGAAGAGGAAAAUGUUUGGUGAAAAAAAUGCACCAGAGAAUGUUUACACAGACAAAGUGACUGAUUUCAACGAUGUAGACAUUAAUGAACUGAAAAAAGAAUUCCGUAAUGCAAUGAAUGAGAUUGCUGAACGAAUGUCUAAGAAUGAACAGGACACAUUUAUAGAAGAAAGCAACCAAGUUUUCCUGAUGAAUAAUUUAAUAGUCAAUUCUGUUGGAGGACAGAACAGAGUACUAUGUAAUAUGUUCUACAAGGCAUCUGCACUUUUAUUAGUCGUUAUUGGAGUUAUUUACGCGUACAAAAUGCACAAAUAGUUUAUUUUUCUUUGUAAACUUUUGACUGUUAGAGUUUCAUAUACUCAUUUGUAAUAGAAAUGUGAUUUAUUUAAAAACUUAUAGGAUAAGUAAUGUUAAUUUGACAUGCUUUCA